AUGUGGAACAGCAAAGUUAUCUACGAAGAACUUGCAAAACAACGACCGCAUCAUUCUUCGUCAUCCUGGCAAAACCGCUUUACCGAGCGAUGGAGAAGGAACGAGGUCGAUAUGAGAAACUGGAAUUUGAAAAGGAUUGAGCCUCCUCAAAACGAUUCCCCACAGUCAAGCACAAUUUCGGUCCGUUUCUACGAAGACCUCGAUAUUUGGGCUGAGACUGAAACCGAGACUGGUCGAGCACCCACCAUCCCCAGGUGGCACCAAAUAAAGGAUGUAGAGUUUGAGCUCUGGGAUCUUUACGCAGCUGUCACAACCCAGGACUGUGGCAUGAGUGAUAUUGAUUGGGACCUCGUCGCGGAGGUGAUGGGGCUCGACUGGAUUGCGGCUCCUGAAAUUCCCGAGGUUCUUGAAGGCUGUUGGGAUAAAUACCUAUCCAAAUUCCAUGAGGAAAUAUCCGAUUUCGUAUUUGACACCCAGGCGGCCGCUGGCAUUGUCGCGGAUGAUGAGGAUCUCGAAGAAGACGACGGAGGAUAUUCCAGCGAAGAAGAAUUAGGCCAGAGCGGCGGGGAAGAAAUGGAGGAGAUCAAUGCAAGCGUUGGCGGGGGCAGAAAGCCCCGGACAUCGUCCUCGCCCACCCUGAUAGACCUCCUCCCGCCGCCUCUCUCCGUACUGAAAAGGAAACGGACCAGCCGCCAAGCGGAGAUACCAUCCACCCCCGACGCCCUCCUCGAUACCAGGUUUGCCCGCCUCAACGAUGAAACCCCGACAAGAAAGCGUCGGAAGCUGGCAAAUAUUGAGGGGCAAGACAAGCCUCCCAAUCAGAGUCUGGCACUCGCAUUAGGGGAGAGGGAGGUGGGGAGCGAAGCAGAGGAUACCGCCCAAGAGGCAUUGCAAGUCCUCGUGAGGACCCCAAACGCCCUCGGCAUAGCGGAGCCCGAGACCAUCAUGAGAACAACCAUCCGUACAAAGACCACCACCACCGCCAUCACGACGGAGAGCUUGCCUGGGUCCUCCCCUCACGCAGCUAGACCAAGCUCCUCCCGCCAACUCCGCUCCACGGCCGUCGGCCAACACAGGGAGCUACCGCCUCCGGAUCAAGGCAACGAUGCCUUGGAAGAACUAGGGCAGGACGAGGAUGAGGAAGAGGAAGAGGAGCAAGAGGAAGCAGAAGUAGUAGUCGCCGGAGACUCGGCGGAUGAUCUAGAAACAGAGGAAGAGGAGAAUAACAGCGAGGAGGUCUUUGCUGCCAUUGACCGCUUUGAGGCGCUCGGCUACGAUCGCGACGUUGUUGUCGAAAGUCUCUUUUGGACAUCCAUGGACCCUGACAAGGCGCUCACCGUGAUGAAGAGUUUCAAUAGCGGGUACGAUAUUCCCCAGAAUAAGCAAGGCAUCUGGACCCCACAGGACGACAAAAAACUCAAGGCCGUGGAUGUGGGAGGGCGCGGCACAGCGCGCUAUCGGAAUGCCUUGAUCAAGAAGCACGGCCAGGCCCUCGUGGAUGCAAGGAGGCGAUUCUUAGCGGACGCCGAGGCUAUCGGGUUGUCAUUCCACUAG